AAUUGUUCUUAAUCUGUGAGCGUUUCCCCGCCUCACAAGACGCAAUAUUCAAUACGACGACUGUGAUUCAUUGAUAAAUUCUUCUCGCAACAAUGAUGCAGCUGAGUGCUACAGCCCUGAUGGAAUGUACUACGAAGCUGGCAUUUCAGAUGACAUAAACAACUCAUACCCAGACUCGCCAAAAUCACAAGCAUCUUGUAAUACUAUUUAUCAGCCUGGAAACGAUUCAUUGCAUCUUGGUGAGAAUGACGCCAAUAAAGAUUUAGCUGCUUCGUUUAUCACCAUUGGCAUGCCUAGUGAUAAAAUGGCCAAUACUCCUGCUAUAAAGACAUGUGAUGGAAAACCAUUCGUGACAAAACCAUCAAAAUUGGCUCACUAUGAUGGCUUACGUGGCAUGGCUGCGCUUUGGGUUUUUUUCUGGCAUUACUUGAAAGACCGAUCGCCUUCGCUGUUUGGUCUGUUGUUUGGAUAUCAAAAUUGGAAUGCCAGUGUACCCAUUUUCUUUAUUUUGAGUGGUCGUGUACUUGUUGUAUCAGCUCUUAAAUCUGGAAGUCAACGACAACUAGUGUCUGCCAUCAUCCGUCGUCCUUUUCGAUUGCUUAUGCCCCUAAUUAUUUUGAUGAUCAUUGACAAUUUGGUUAUACACGAUCGACAGCCUGUAAAUUCGCUAUACGAGCUAAUAGUUGAACCAAUCUGGUUCAUGUUUGGAUCUGCAAACAAUCUAAAAACCGUUACAGGAGAUGCGUGGACUCUGUCAUACGAGUACAUAUUUUCAAACGUGAUUUACUAUACUGCAUUUGUACUGUUGCAGUUCCAACACAACGAUCAUACAAGAUACUUGAUUCUUGGAGCUAGUUUUGUUUGGUAUUAUUUGACACAUUCCUGGGGAAUGCACUUCAUUGCAGGUCUCAUUCUUGCAGAUCUCGCACAGCAUGGGUAUAUUGAAAAAUACAAAUCUUGGGGUUUUUCUUCAUACCUGACUUCAGCAUUAUUUUUUGGAACCAUGGCUCUGGUAUUUCGUAACCCGUGGUACGAUAUUGCCGACAAAAUCGAUGCGACUAUUCGCGCAUAUCAAUUCUCAAACGGAAACAUGGGCGUAGGCAACGCAUUCUGGGAACCCAAUGCACUCAUUUUUUCAUUUAGUUUUGCUGCUAUGAUUGCAGUUGAAACUAGCUCAUAUUUGCAAUGGUUUUUUUCCCAAAGUGUAUUCAGAUUUCUUGGACGCAUCUCAUUUCCAAUGUACUUGAUCCACCAUUACACAUUCCCUAUGCUGGAUAUUUUUAAUGACCAUGUAAAGCAGAGAUUUAAUGACUCGUUGCUGACGUCGAUUCUUAUCGUGGUUCCACCUACGCUAUUUAUUUGCUUUUUGUCAUACUUGCUGAUAUUUAUUAUGGAUAACCCGAGCGUCUCAAUUGGCAAAUGGAUCGAGCAGUUAGUUUUUGGUGAAAAUCUGUCGGUAUUAGCAUUCAUGACAUGGAUGUUGGACAUUGCUCGUCGUGCAAAAUUAAGUAUUAGUCAGAAGCAGCUUAGUAUUAGAGGCAUAAUCAUGCGCAUAUAUCACGGGAAAGAAUACAAGCAUCUUGAUUCUUGCUGAGAAUUAAACUAUUUACAUUUUU